CUCUCCCUCUCUUUCUCGACAAAGGCUGUUCUGGCUGGACGGGAGAUACCUUAUCGCUCCAUGUUGCUCUCUUUGUCAAGGUCGAAUUAGAGUGAAAAACGGAACAGAACUUUCUCGAGACUCAAAAGGCCGGUGUGCUACAAGACCGGGGGCUCCUGUGGGAAAAUAUCCGAGUGUAGCUGUGGACCGAAGAGAGCGAGAUGAAGACAGAGAGAGCGAGAGAGCUUUCUCUUAAUAUGACCUACUAGUACAUAGUAGAAAAUUGAACGUAUGCACGUAUACAGUAUACACAUAUCCUUGUGGAAGACGUCGGACAACUGUGGGGAGACCUCGAUGUUUGCGAGAUCCAGACGUUAUAAUGUUCAUACGGGGAUUGUUUACGUAUGUGGACGUGACGUGUAUUCCAGCUCGUAUUGAGAGGGGGUCCAUUGCUAAAGAUUGCGUUUUAUGGCAAAUCUGUCGGGGCCAGGCGUGGCAAAAUAAAAUGAUUACCAAAUGAAACAAGACUUCAUUCCCCCUACCUCUUUCCCUUGCCAAGGAAUGGCACUUGUUCGUUUUGCUGAUGACUUCGGGGCAGCCUUCUGAUGAAUGUGCAUCAAGUUCCCACGGCAGGUAUAAAUGCAAACAGAGAGACGAUUGUUGUUACCUGUAUUCAGCCAUCUGUUGUUGGCACUUGGUACAGCCACCUGAAGACCCGAGAGCAAAACCAGACACAACCCCUCCUUAAGAAAUAACAACGGCUUCAGAAAUAAGUUCAAUACAAACCAAAUCUGGAACGGUUGCCAUGUGUGUCUCUUGGGACUUGCAGCAGUGGCUGAGCUUCGGAAUCACACUGUCGAUCGUUAUCGAAUUUGUAAGUGGUUUGGAAUGUUAUGUUUGCAAUGAUCAGGAUGGCAACGCCGCCAAAUGCCUGAAAACCAUCAAGACUUGUGAAUAUGAAGAGGAUCACUGCAUGAGCACCAUCAGAUGGAGUACCGAACCUUAUUGGAGUCAAGGGGCUGAAAAACAGUAUUAUGUAUCCAAAAGAUGUGCAACAGAGGAUGAAUGCUUCCGAGAGAUCAAUGGGAACAUGCCCUUGUGCCACUAUAUUUGGUACGAGGAUUGGAAGUGCGCCGAAUGUUGCCAAGGCGAUCGAUGCAACUAUUAUGUUACACUCGCCGGAAACGUCAACCUGCCGCAUUCAUCAAUAUUUCUAAUAAGCCCGAUGAUCUCAUAUCUAACUUUCAAACUGAUUUAUUGAAGUAAAUUCUUUAGGAAAACUG